AUGCUCAUUGAAGAGAGGGAAUAGAGAGUUCCAUUUGGUGUUUCUUCAUGAAUGAAUGCUGCAACAAAUCGAAAGUGGAGAGUCAUGGUUCCUUGUACAAGAGGUCCACAUGGGUCCUCCAGGUCAAGAGCUAGGUUCCAGGGCAAGAAGUUGAAGACGUUGAGGAUGGCUAAAAAUCUGAUUGAGAAUCAAUUUUUUGAAGACCAUUGCUCAGAAUUGACAGCAAUUCCUUUCAUCUGGAGUGUCGAAACGGAAGGACCACAUUACAGUCUUGACAUGAAAAUGUCUCAUCUGAAAAAACUAAUAUUUAAUUUUGACUUUGAAUCAAAAGCGCAAAGGAUUCUAAGAUUCAACAUCUCGUUAAACGAGUUGGAAGCGAUGCAGUGUGACAGCCUGUCUCCAUUUGUGAAUCUGCUUGAGUUGAAUGUGUCACUCAAUUUCCUGAACAGCAUCUCAUGGCUCAAGGCUUUACCUCAGCUGAUGGUUUUGAACCUGUCGCACAACAUUAUUGAAUCUCUCCAAGGGCUAGAAUGCUGUAAGAUGUUGACAGCUCUGGACAUUUCGCACAACCAGAUCAGGAGCAUUGCAAACCUACCUAUUCUCAACAGCCUCACUAAGUUGCAUCUCACUGGCAACAAGUUGGAAUCCCUAGAAGGUGUUCAGCGUCUCCCCCAGCUCUGUGAACUGUACAUUCAGGGUAACCAUAUUUGCAGUCUACUGCCUCUCUCCAGCUCACUGAACCUAUGUGUUCUUGAUGCUUCUGACAAUGUGAUUCUCUCCCUCUCUGACACACUGCAUGUCCUUGAAAACCUGAGGAGAUUGAAGCAACUGAGACUUAAAGGCAAUCCCUUAACCCAAGAUGAGCGCUGCAACACUGCCAUCAGGCAAUGCACAACAGUUGAAAUCCUGGAUAAUGUGUUCCUAAGGGACUGCUUCACAUAUGGGUUGACAUUUGAGCCACCUGCAGACUUACAAGAACAGACAAAGGAAGACUUGAAGGAGAGUGCGCGGUUGGCAUUCCAGAGCAAAGUGCAGGAGAAACAAAUUGAAACUGAGAUGGCUAUGCAUUAUCUUCACAGCAGGAUGCUGAGUCUUCAAAAAGAUAAUCAGGAAAUGGAAGAUCGCCUAACAUUGGAGUUACAGGCAUACUACAGGUAUUUGGAUGCUAUUCCCCCUGAAGAUUAUCAGAGUAUCGAUUCCAAGAAGGUCCCCGAUGCCAUAGAGAGAUACAUGUUCACCAAGUUUUGGGAGAGAUGGGAAGAGGGGAAACGAAGACAAAGAAAUCAUCCAUUCAAAGACUUGACAAAAUCAGAAGAGCCAGUAACAGUCUGGGAAAAACAAUUUCAUUGGAUGUAAGAAAUCAUUUUGCCAUAUUGUUAAGGUAGUUCGAACUGCAGCAUGGCUUUUUACAAAUCCAUAUCCCCAAGUCUCUCAGUCAAGCAGUACUUGAUGUGGACUCAUUGUGAUCCUGGACAUCAUUAUGGUACCGUCUACAAAUUAAGGUGUCCCAGAGGAUGAAUUCUUCACUGAAAAAUCACCCCCUCACCUCCAAUGUAAAAAACCAAUCAAUGUACACCUCAGUAAUUUUAUCCAGCUGCUUUGGAGACUUUCUACUGGUGCAAGAAACCUGUGGCUACUUACUAGUGCAGUUAUGAUUUAUGAGCUGAACCGUCAGAUUCUCAUGUGGAAGCUGCAAAAUAUGUCAAAUAAAAUCACAUAACCA